AUGGCAAGACAACGUUCCGAAGCUGUAGCAGAGACAAUGUCCAAGACACAUAAUAUUCGUAAUAUGUGUGUCAUUGCACAUGUUGAUCAUGGUAAAUCAACAUUGACCGAUGCUUUAGUGUAUAAAGCUGGUAUUAUUACCGAACAACAAGCUGGUCAACGUCGAUUUACUGAUUCAUUGGAAACUGAACAAGAAAAAGGUAUUACAAUCAAAUCCUCUUCUGUUAGUAUGUUCUAUGAAUUGGAUGAUCAAGUUCUUGGUGAUCUCAAACGAGAUGGUAAUGGUUUUCUAGUCAAUUUAAUUGAUUCUCCUGGUCAUGUUGAUUUUUCAUCUGAAGUUACUGCUGCAUUACGUGUAACUGAUGGUGCAUUACUUGUAGUUGAUGCUGUUUCAGGUGUGUCUGUACAAACUGAAACUGUUCUUCGACAAGCUCUUUCUGAACGUGUACAAUUAACCUUAAUUAUAAAUAAAGUAGAUCGUUGUAUAUUAGAACAAAAAUUAGAACCGGAAGAACUUUAUAAAAAAUUAUCCGGUAUUAUUGCUCGAUGUAAUGCAUUAAUUGCAACAUAUCGAAGUACUGAUGAUACAAUUUAUUCGGAUGAACAUUUUAAUCCAAAAUCAGGUAAUGUUUCAUUUGCUUCUGGCAAACAAGGUUGGGCGUUUACAUUAUCUCAAUUUGCCACAUUUUACGCUGAAAAAACUAAAGUAUCCAAAGAAAAAUAUAUGGAUCGUUUAUGGGGUGAAUCAUUUUAUUCGGCAUCAAAUAAAAAAUGGCUUUCAUAUGAACAAUCAAGAACAAGUGAUGAUGCUAAACGUGGUUUUAAUCAAUUUAUUCUUCAACCAUUAUAUCAAAUGCUUACUGCAUGUGCUGAUUUAAAUAUGGAUGAAGUUCGAACAUUAUUAACAAAAAUUGAUAUUAAAUUACCUGCUGAAAAACUUGAUGCUACUGUUCUCGACAGUAAAACAAUAAUGUCAAAUGUAAUGAAACGUUGGUUACCAGCUGGUGAAGCAAUGUUACAUUUAAUUGUUCUUCAUCUUCCAUCACCUGCACAAGCACAAACCUAUCGUAUCCAACAUUUAUAUGAAGGUCCACAAGAUGAUCAAGUUGCAUGUUCAAUGAAAGCUUGUGACCCAAAAGGUGAUGUUAUGAUUUAUAUUAGUAAGAAAAUUCCAGCUCAAGAUGGAUCACGUUUUCUUUGUUUUGGUCGUAUAUUUUCCGGUACAAUCGUAUCAGGAACAAAUGUACGUAUACUUGGUCCUGAUUUUCAUCCAGGUUCAACAAGUGAUUUACAAAUAAAAAAUGUAACAAGUGUAGGUGUUAUGAUUGGUGAUCGUUGUAUACAAAUGCAUAGUGUACCUGCUGGUAAUGUCGUCGCAUUAACUGGUAUUGAUAAGUGUUUAUUAAAAACUGCAACUAUAACAACAAAUCCAGAUGCACAUAAUUUUCGUGUAAUGAAAUUUUCUGUAAGUCCAGUUGUACGUGUAGCUGUUGAUGUAAAAAAUCCAACAGAUCAUGCUAAACUUAUAGAUGGUCUUAAAAAAUUAGUUCAAGCUGAUUCACUUGUACAAGUAUUGAAUGAAAAUGGACAACAAGUUAUUGCUUGCGCUGGUGAAUUACAUUUAGAAAUAUGUUUAGCUGAUUUAGAAAAAUUACAUGCACGUUGUGAAUUAAAAGUAGCAACACCAAUUGUAACUUAUCGUGAAACAAUUACAGCCGAAUCACGUCAAAUAGCAUUUACAAAAACAACAAAUAAACACAAUAAAUUUUUCAUGCGCGCUUCACCAUUAGAAGAAGGUUUAGCUGAUGCUAUUGAAUCAGGUCGUAUAUCAUCGAAACAAGAUCCCAAAGAACGAUCAAAAAUAUUAGUUGAAGAAUUUGGUUGGGAUUUAGCUACAACAAAGAAAAUUUGGGCAUUUGGUCCAUAUGAUAAUGGACCAAAUAUACUUGUUGAUUCAACAAGAAGUGUUGAUGGAUUAGGAAAUAUUCAAGAUGCAGUUGUAGCUGCUUUUCAAUGGACUACACAAGAAGGUGUUCUGGCUUCAGAAAAUCUUCGUGGUGCACGAAUUGAAUUACUUGAUGCUGAAAUUCAUCGUGAUUCAGCACAUCGUCGACCUGAUCAACUUAUUCCAGCUAUUCGUCGAUGUCUUCUAGCUAGUUUACAUAUGGCUGAACCACGUUUACUUGAACCAAUAUUUUUAGUUGAUGUCGAAUGUCCAACACAUAUGAUCGGCAAAGUCUAUUCAACAUUAAAUAAACGACGUGGUCAAAUCGGUGAAGAAAGUGAAUUAAGUGGUACAACAUUAUCUCGCAUAAAAGCUUAUCUACCUGUUAAUGAAUCUUUUGGCUUUACAGAGGAAUUACGUCGAGUAACAAGCGGCACAGCAUUUCCUCAAUGUCAAUUUGAUCAUUGGUCAUUAUUACCUGGUGAACCAUUUGACAUGAAUACAAAAUGUGGUCAAAUUGUAAGCGAAACACGUCAACGUAAAUCUUUAUCCGAACAAGUACCAGCAUUGGAAUCACUUAUCGACAGACAAUAA